AUGGCAGCCUCAAGUAGAGGCAGCAGAGCCGUUAGAGGCAUCCUCUCAUCCUCCCCCACGCUGUGCUCCAAAUGCGCAACCACUUACAAGGCAUCAUCUGCCCGGUUCUACUCUGCCGCUGCGGCGACUGAGGCCAAGGCUGCUGCCGUCGACACUCCUCCUCCGGCACCCUCGGCCAGGAGUCCGUAUCCUUAUGAUGUCCGCUCCGGCCUCAUCCUCACACGACCGCCGCUCUUGACGAGAACUCUGCACCCCUUCGAGAACGCCUUCUUCUUCUACCAGAAACGGCUAGAAGAGCGCCUCAACACGCCCUUCAUCACGAGCAUAUACUUCAAGCCCGACACGGCGGCGCAGCUGGACUGGAGCCUCAAGGUCCAGGAGCGCGGCGGCACCGUGGCCAAGGAGCUGGGAGCUUACAAGGGCAAGAACUCCAACGCCUGGGACGACGAGCUGAGGGUGGGUGACAAGCUCAGUGCGCAGGAGACGGUCCUGGAGAGUCUGCUCAAGGACGCUGCGCCCCGGGUCAGUGACGAUGCGGAGGUGAUUGCGCCUGAGGACGUUGUGCCUGUGGAGAGGCCUGCGGAGAGAUUGUCCGAGGCGGAUCAGAAGAAGGACGUGAGGCGGCUGGAUCGCCAGAUGGACAAGACGCUCUAUCUUGUUGUCAAGGGGGCGGACGGAUGGGGCUUCCCUGCUGAUGUUCUCAAGGAUGAGAACCUCCACGAGGGCGCAAAGAGAGUGCUGGACGAAGCUGCCGGCGUCAACAUGAACACCUGGCUCGUCGGCCGCGUCCCCGUCGCCCACCUCGUCCAAGAGCCCGUCCUCGGCGCCAACGGCCAGGUCGAGAAGAAGGGCCGCAAGACGUUUUUCCUCAAGGGAAGAAUCAUGGCCGGCCAGGCCGACCUCAAGGGCAACCCCUUUGGAUACACGGACUUUAAGUGGCUGACGCGGGAGGAGCUAGAGCAGGAGUUGGCGCCGGAGUAUUAUCGCGGUGUGAGGAAUAUGAUGGCUGACCGGUAA